AUGCUUUCUCUACCGCAGGAGCUAGUGGACAGCGUGGUCGACGCGUUCCCGGAAGAGGAUCUGCAGUCAUUGCGCGCGUGCGCCCUCACCCAUCGCCGCCUGUUGCAUCAUGCUCAAAAACGGCUGCUCUCUACUAUCCGUCUGGUCGUACCCUCUCCAGAGCGGGAAGGUCACCCGUACUUCUUCCGCAAGCUCCUCGACGAAUCGCCCCAUGUCGCAGCUUACCCGACCACCCUCAGCCUGCGCGUCGGCGAGAUGAACGCCAUCGUGCCCGAGUUCGACAACCCCGACCUCGUCGCAGCGCACAUCGCGCGCCGGCUCAUCAAUCUCCGCGAAGUACGCCUCGUCAGCAACCGGUACAACUCCCUCGAGGUCUGGUGGGACGGCGCCGCGCCAGAGGUUUCCGCCAUCUUCGACUUCCUACGUUAUGCGCCGCGCCUCAGUAAGCUCGUCAUGCACAGCAUCUGCCUGACGCCCGAUGAGCUGCGCGACGUGCUGCUCUGCGUGCCCGCGCUCGAGCACCUCGUCCUCUCGCAGGUGCGCAUCACGGGCCCGGUGGAGGCGCCGCUGCACCCGCUGCGCCGCCUCAAGUCCCUGGCGGUGCGCUGCACGCAGUUCCCCCCGAGGCGCUCGACGGAGCUGCUGCUCUCGCUCGUCGACGUCUCCGCACUCGAGUCGCUCGCCGUCGAGUACAUGAUGGCCACGCCAAACAGCAUCGCAUGGGAGCUCGCGACGCAGCUCAUACACGCGGCCGCGCCUUCCAUCCGCGAGCUGAACAUCGUCAUCCCGUACGCGAUGUUCUAUGAGGACACGUCGGAUAAUAUAGGUGCGGUCUUCCGCCAGCAGGACCUUCCGGAGCUGCGCGUCCUCCGCAUUGUGCAGCAUCCCGGCCGCGACGAGAGCCCAGGGCAGUUCCCCGUCAGCCCGCUCUGCCGCCUCUUCACUCGCAGGCACUGCGAUGCGCUGGAGAAAAUCCGCGUCGAGGUAGCGAGCGUCGUCGAGAUGGAGACCCCUUGCGAGCACUGGCACGAAUUGCGCGAUUCAGUACUCGCAAUGGAUCCCACUCGGGUCCCAACCCUCGAACUUGUCCUGUACGAUGCCGAGGCGAAUGAGGUUUCGCAGGUGACUACUUGUAUGGGCAAGGUGUUUGAGGGGAUGAAGGACAGAAGCGGCGGGCCUUUCGUAUCUGUCACGCGUGCCACCGGAUUGACGCUCUUCACCUAG